GUCAGCCACAUUUUGUUAGGGUUUGCUAUCUACUUCCCUACACGGUGACAGGGACCUCCAGCCUCCAACUUCUCUCCUGCGCUAUCUCCUUCACUCCCCCACUGUCUUUCAUUCGAUUUCUUCUUGACUGCGCCAGCCUCUCUCACUCAGUCCGUUUCUGCACCAUCUCUCUCAAUCGGCCACUCUCACUCACCCGAUUUGUUCUUCGCUCCGCCACCCUCUCAUACUCGCUGUCUCCCUCACUCGUUCCAUAGCACCUUCUUCCUCUGAUCGAUCAAUAUUGCUUCCUCCGUCAAGGUCUUCACCAAAACCGGGAGGCCCAUAGCCAGAGCCACCGCCGCCGUUUGAGUGAAGUUGUUCAAUUUACUUGUAGACUUGCAUCUGGUAGAGUUAUUGGUAUAAAUAUAAAACGAAAAUGAGUGGAGCAGGAGAGAAAGGGUCAGCAACCACAAAAACGCCAGCUGAUUUUCUUAAAUCAAUUCGGGGACGACCAGUUGUUGUGAAACUCAAUUCUGGAGUUGACUACAGAGGUAUCCUAGCUUGUCUGGAUGGGUAUAUGAAUAUUGCAAUGGAACAAACAGAGGAGUAUGUCAAUGGUCAACUGAAAAACAAAUACGGUGAUGCAUUUAUUCGUGGAAAUAAUGUUCUGUACAUCAGUACAUCAAAGAGGACAUUAGCAGAUGGGGCUUAGAAUUGCCAUGUUAUCAAGCAGUGAAGAUAUUCUUGUCUCAUGCUUCUCACAAUUGUAUUUUAUGCUUUUGGAUUUUGGUUAAGAAUGAACGGCUCUAACCUGGACUGAAUAGUUAGGCUUUUGUUAUCAAUACACCAUCAUAUAAGGUUAGCUAUAUCAUAUACAUCAUUCCGAAGAGCCAUGUUUUAUUCUAUCAUGAUGAAUGAGCAUCAAAAUUCAAAUGUCUAGGUAGCUAUGAAUCUAUUUUUUUUUUUUUGCUUAGAUGAGGAUGAAUAUUGGACAUUGAACUUCUUCCCUAAAACUUGCCUAAAAAAUUUCCGUGUGAAAUGAAUGACAAUAGUGAUCAAGAAUAGUUCUACUUAUCUUGCUUUGAGAAGUAGAAUAAAGAAUCACCCAGCACUUCAGGUUUAGUGCUGAUUUAAAUAAAUGACAGGACUUAUCUUUUA